GGCAGGUGGAUGAGUUGCUUUUCUUUUUUUAUUUUUCCUGGAUGCACUAUACAUAUGUAUACGUUCGUUCCACCAUUGUUUUCGAGCGAGCGAUGCACACAGUAAGUACCUGACAAGGCGUAUUGAAAGCAGUCAUCGUGUUAGAAACUCGAUCCCUGUAUCUCUUACGGAGCAUCGACCGUCAGCGGGGAGAGAAGAGAAAUGACGAUUCGGAAGGAAUACCUGUUGUGAUAGGUGAAAAUAAAUUGCAUCGCCUUAAUUUCUUGCCCUGAAGGUAGAGGUUAUAUAUGUAAGAUAUUUUUGGAAGUGGUGUUCGUAUGAAAACUUGUGACUGAAGUAAAGUGAAGAAGGAAAUAAUGCCUCCGUCGUCGCACAAUUGGACUAAACCACUGCUGAAAAAUGGUCAGACAAUGCAGAUGCAACCGAAACGGACGACCUGCUCGGUACAGAAUCAAAAUUCACAUGGUAACGGCACGGAGCACGGCGGUAUUCCCAUAGACAGGAGGAUCAAAGUCGUCUUAGUAGGUGAUGGUGCAGUUGGAAAAACCAGUUUAGUUGUUUCUUAUUCCACAAACGGUUUUCCUGGAGAAUAUGUACCUACAGCUUUUGAUAAUUAUAAUGUGGUUGUUAAUGUUGAUGGUCUGCCAAUAAAUGUCCAGCUAUGUGACACAGCAGGUCAAGAUGACUUUGAUCCACUAAGAUCAUUGUGUUAUCCAGAAACAGAUGUCUUCCUAACUUUUCUGUUCGAAAGAAUACUUAUGAGAAGUAGUGAAAUUAGGGUAGCAAUAUAA